UAAUAUAAGAGGCUUAUUGUAUUUAUUUUUUGUUUAGGAUAAAUGGAGGAAUCUGAAUGUAAGUGCAAAUGCGCAAGGCUCAAGGGAUAAAUCAAGGAAUCAAAAGCCAAAGGCCAUUGCUGAUGUUCCUAUGACUCCAGUUCCCAAUGCAAUAACCCAUGCUUCCUCCACUCCACUUUUACUGGAGACAGCAACACCAGCAGAUGCUGCCGUUGAGGAUAACUCAAAAUGUUUAUUAGAUGGAAAAACUGCUUCAAAGUACAAUGGAAUGAUUUAUGAAGCACUUACGAAUCUAAAGGACCCAAGUGGAUGCGAUAUAGGUACAAUUGUCAAUUUCAUUGAGCAAAGACAUGAAGUGCCACCAAAUUUCAGACGGCUACUGAGUUCUAGGUUGAGGAGGCUUGUUCAACAAGACAAACUUGAAAAGAUACAGAACUGCUUUAGGAUCAAGAAAGAGUUCUUACAUGCAUCAUCAACAACUCCGACUCCAAAAAUAAAGGAGAGUGGGCCAAAAGAGGAUUUGCAAAACACUGGCUAUCUCGGUGAUACAGUAGAAGAAGCAGCUAUAGCGGCUGCCUACAUGAUUGCAGAAGCAGAAAACAAAUCAUUUGUGGCAGCUGAAGCUGUCAAGGAGGCUGAGAGGGUCUCGCGAAUGGCUGAGGAUAGUGACGUACUGCUUCAGUUGGCAAAGGAUAUCUAUGACAAAUGUGCUCGUGGAGAAAUUGUGCUACUGGCUUAGGAUAUGUAUGGUCUACAAAUCUUUUAGAGGUUGUAAAUCAGUGAUUAUUCUUUAGUUGUUUAGUUGAUUAAUAUGACACUGUUAUAGGUCUUAAAUCAAGAAUUUCCAUGUGCAAUUUAUAUAUGCUAUAUACAGGGAUCAUUCUUGUUGCAUCUUUCUUGUGUUGUAUAAAGAUAUAUGGAUUCUGGGAAGUUUGCAACCCAGGGCUCCUAUCUCCUCUUUUUUUC